AUGGAUAACGCCAUCCCUAUACAUUCCCCGUCAAACCCAUCCGCUCCUCUCUCCAUUCGCUCUCCCAUCAGACGCAUGGCGUAUUUCGUCAACUGGGCGGGCAUGGACCCAUCGCUCAUCCCUGCUGCCUCGCUCACCCAUGUGUUCUACGCCUUUGCUUCCAUUGACGCCAGCACAUACCAGGUCGUCCCUUCCAACCCAGCAGUGGACGUUACCGAGGGUCUCUAUCUCCGCUUCAACUCCGCCCUGAAAGAUACCAACCCCGCCAUCAAGACCCUCCUCUCCAUCGGCGGCUAUUCCGCAGGCACCACCGCUUUCGUCAACGCCGCCUCGUCCCCCUCCUCCCGCUCUGCUUUCAUCCAAUCCGCGAUCAUCCUCGCCCGAUCGUACAAUUUCGACGGUCUGGAUCUCGACUGGGAGUUCCCAACGGGCAACGCCGCCCUCUUUUCCGCCCUGGUCACGGAUUUCCGGGCGGCGAUCGAAUCCGAAGCCGCUUCGUCUGGAAACCCCAUGCUCCUGCUCUCUGCAGCAGUUUCUGCAUACGAGCCGACAAUCGCUGAAUCCUACGACGUCCCGACACUCAACAGUGCGCUGGACUUUGUAAAUGUUAUGACGUACGAUCUGCAUGGUUCAUGGGAGUUAAUCACCGGCAUGCACACUGCUCUGGAGGAUCUGAGCAACCCCCAGCUGAGCCUCAAGGGUGCUAUGGCUGCCUGGGUGUCCCGAGGCUUGGCCCCAAGCAAGGCCAUGCUAGGCUUGGCGAUGUACGGUCGAACCUGGACUCUAGCCUCGACAAGCAGUACUGGGGUUGGAGCUGCAGCCACUGGGCCUGGUCAGCCUGGGUCUAUCAGUCAGGAAGCUGGUGUUCUCUUUUACAGGGAAAUUGAUGAGCUGGUAACAUCUGGAGGUUACACAGCUACGCUCGACGCCCCAACAUCCUCUAUGUGGUACGAUGAGUGGAAGGGCGAGAGAGAAUACGACAAGGACGACGACGACGACUACCACCAGUGGCUGGUGGACCGGCAGCCCAAGCAGCCAGACACCCCUGCAGAGUUCUCCCCCCCACAGCCUCCCUCCCCCGGGCACGUGGUGGACCUGAAAGGGCGGCGACUGCAGGUGGUGGUGAAGGUGGCAAGCAUUCAGCUGACCCCUGACAGCCCGAAGUAUCCUGGGGGUACUUGGCAUGUGGAGGGCAUGCGGAAUGAGCAUAUUGUGGCCACAGGCAUUUACUAUUUCGACUCUCACAACAUCACCGAGUUGCGCCUUCAAUUCAGGAUCACCGUUGCCGAACCAGACUACGACCAGAACGACAACAAAGGGGUGGCUCGGAUAUACGGCCUGGUGGACGACGGACCUCUCACGCAACCUCUAGGCUCGGUCCGGACUGACAUCCCGAACCUCUGCCUCGCCUUCCCGAACCACUUCCACCACCGGGUUGCACCGUUCGAGCUACAGGACAAAACCCGUGCCGGCCACCGGAAGAUUCUUGUAUUUUUCCUGGUGGAUCCGCGGGUGGCAAUCGUAACCACUGCACGCGUGCCACCUCAGCAGCUGAGCUGGCAGAGGAGGGAGCUGGAGAGAAAAGGCCACCCGUGCUCGGUCCUGCCUGGGUUAGCUCUAGAUCUGAUUGCAGAGGGAGUGAGUGGGGGAGAGCAUGGGGAAGAGGGUAAGGGAGAAAGAAGUGGUGUGGAGCGAGGUGGGGAGGAGGGUAGGGUUGAUGAGGGAGAGGAUGGAGGCGAGGGGCAGGGUGUGGGGAGAGAGAGCAGGGAUGGCAGGGGUGCAGCGAUGACGAUGGAAGAAGCAAAGAAGUACCGGGAGGCUCUGAUGGAAGAGAGGAAGGCGCUGGUUCAGCUGGCCAAUGAGGAGUUGUUUGAACGGCCCUUCUCGCUCUGCGAGCACUGA